ACAGGUACACUACGAAGUACAGUACUCGUACAAUCAGGUAGGUCUCAUCAAUUCACUACCGUAUGGGACUAAAAAGGCGGUUCGGUCCCUGCGGUUGCCGUAUCGCUGUCCAUACUCAUACAGCAUUGCUUGUCCACUCUAUCCCGCAAUAGCGAAGAGUAGGGGGAAUCCUGUGGUCAAGGCACAGGAACUUGUCGAUCUCUGCAGAUCUGUUUGCUAAACCCUCCAACUUUUCACCUCCCUAUCCUGACCUCAACACCACUACCGAAUAGAUAAUCCCUAUCUACGCCCCAUCUCUUCCGUUAUCACGCUCCCCAAAGUAUUCCAGUUACCGGUCGAUUGACCCCCACCGCGUACACCCCAUGAAGCUUUUUCCCCAACACUACCGAACCCCUACACCGGCAGGGCGGGACCACGCGUUGACACCACCGAGACAUCUCUCUCUUUCCACCCCCAGUCUUUACCAUCUCGCCCAAAAGAAACCGACUUCCACUAACCCAACACCUUCAAUACUCCUUACAAAAGACAACCCUCAGCCUUUCCCCGCAAGCGUCUCUUGAGAAUUCAAUCACCUAUGAAAAGAUUAGCACCCGGAAUGUCCCCAGCACGGAUUCCCGAGCAUCAGACCGACACCGAGACCACUGAUGUUCUUGUCGUGGGAGCUGGCCCGGCUGGCCUCAUGCUUGCGUAUUUGUCUUGACCGUCCUAAAUCAUUUGUCCUCCAAAACUGAUUCAUUGUGGUUUCAGAGCUCAACUCGUCCGUGCCGGCAUUCCUACCAAGAUAAUCGAUGAGCGAACCGACAAGACCUCCACCGGACGAGCAGAUGGCCUCCAACCAAAGACCCUCGAGACACUCAAACAACUCGGAAUUGCCGAUGGAAUACUGAGAAAAGGUGCCAAGAUCUAUGACUACUCCUUCUGGAAUUCCUACCCCGACACAAAGCUUCAUCGCACGAAUCGCGAUGCUCACUUCCCGCCGGUGGUUGACGUAUUGGAGCCGUAUAUUCUACUUGUGCAUCAGGGAAUGAUUGAGGAGUUAUUCCUGGCGGACAUGGAGAUCCGGGGUGCAUAUGUUCAACGGUCGAGCACAUUCGAUUCGUACGCCCUUGACGAAAACCCAAAUGCUGAAUAUCCUGUCAUCGCCAAGUACAAGCACAACAGGGAAGACAAGGUUACUAGGGCGAAGUAUCUCGUCGGGUGUGAUGGUGCACACAGCGCUGUCAGACGUAGUAUGCCCGGAAACGAGAUGCAGGGCGAGAGUGUAGAUGUGUUUUGGGGAGUCUUGGACGGGGUAAUCGAGACGGAUUUCCCGGAUCUGUGGAGCAAAUGGUGAGCCCUCCCCCCCCCCCUUAAUAUCUCGGUGAUGCUAACAGAUAUAGCAUUAUUUCUUCCCACGACAAAGGAACUAUUCUAUCCAUCCCUCGGGAGAGGAACAUGACUCGACUCUACAUUGAGCUCAGCACUGGAUCAGAAGGUGCAAAGAUAUCCAAGGCUAUUGCGAAUCAAGACUUUGUCAUGGCUCGCGGGAGAGAAAUACUCGCGCCAUUCACCGUAGACUGGAAGAGUGUUGAAUGGUUCGGCUGUUAUCAAAGUAACUCCGAUUACCCCCGGUCCUCGGACUCUGCUAAGUUUAUCAGUUGGCCAAAGAAUCGCCUCAAAUUUCUCCCAUGCAAACCGUGUUUUCAUCGCCGGUGAUGCUUCUCACACGCAUUCGCCAAAAGCCGCUCAGGGAAUGAAUGUUUCCAUGCAUGACACAUUCAAUCUAGCUUGGAAGCUAUCCUUAGUGCUGAACUCUAUUUCGCCAGCCUCUCUUCUCGCGUCUUACCCCACUGAGCGCUCCAAGAUUGCUCAAGAUCUCAUAUCCUUUGACUACGAGCAUGCAAACGCCUUCGUCAAGAACGACCAAGCGGCCCUCGCAGAAAAUUUUGCCAAAAACAUUCGCUUCAUUUCCGGUGUAGGCGCUGUCUAUGAUGCCAAUACCCCCCUCACAACCCCUUCCUCGACAUCCGGGCUCGGAUUGAUCCCCGGAGAACUGCUUCUUCCUGCCAGGGCCACUCGAUAUGUUGACACAAACCCGGUGGACAUUCAAUUAGACAUUCCACUGAGGAACCAGUUCAAGAUAUACUUCCUUGCAAGUAAUUACCACUCCGCCCUCCAACUACUCUUGGAGAUCUGCGAGGGAAUUUCAGCCCCGAAUACCGUCAUGUCCCGUGCCUCAAAGAAGUCCCUUCUUGCGUCGUAUUCCGCUCCAAAAGUUGAGGCCGACGAAUACAUUCAGCCCGACCGCUAUGUUAUCCCCAACCUCUCCCGUAUUUUCACCUUCAGCACCAUCACACAAAGCCCGCAAAAGGAUAUUGAAUUCACAGACUUGCCAACACUGCUUAGACCUUACAAGUGGACAUUGUACAACGACCGUUUAGAGGAAAACGUCAGUCCUACUAAGAAGUGGGCAGGUAAGCGUGGUCUAAGUGAUGGUGAGGUGAUGACUGUUGUGGUCAGGCCUGAUGGAUAUGUUGGUGUUGCAGAGGUCUGGGGACAGGGCAUGGCUGAGAAGGCCGUUGGCUGGUUGGAGGGAUACUUCAAGGGCGUGCUGGCAGUCUGA